AUGCCUUCUUCGCAGAAAAUUGCACCUCUAACACAACUUCCUGAUAUUCUGAAGCAGUAUACUAAAGACUGCAUCAGGGCUCAGCCUUCAGAUAUCAUUCAGUGGUCUACAGAUUACUUUGGCACGAUGUCGACUGGAGGAUUCCGUGCACAAAAAUCAAAGGAAGAAAAUUCAUCAUCUCUACCUCCAUGCAAACCAACACUAACACCUGGUUUAUUAAGAGCCUUACAUGCACAAGUGAAUGGAAGAUUAAUAGUACCAGCAAAAGAAGUCGAACAAAAAUGGAAUGACCUUGGCCUUCCAGCAGAUACCCUAAGACGCAUAAUGACUGUGGGUGCUUUUGGCGUGGAGAUUGAAUGGAUGAAAUUUUUUGCCUUGUGUUGCAGUACACUUGAUCCUAACAUUACAAAUGCCAUGAGGUAUGCAUUUGAGAUUUUAAGUUCAAAGGAAGAUGGUGGUCGAAUUCCUUACACCACGUUUAGAUUCCUCUACAGUUACCUUGCCAUGAUAGAUGGUGAAAUUCAUCGAUCACAGAUUGAAAAGAUGCUUAACAACAUUGAACGGCAGGUAGCUGAAAAUGAUGGACUUGUCAAAGUGAGUGAUUUCAUCAGCUGCUGA